CAGUUUAGUUGCUUUUCUCACUCGGUCGGUAGAGGAACACCGCGACUAGGUAGUGCCCCGUCGUCAGUCUAAUGCGUAUUUGUACUAACAGUGGCCCGGUUAGAGUGCGGAUUUGAUCCCCACCCCCCACCGACGGACUACGCGCGCGGUAAAUUCGCUCUCCCGUGACGUCUCCGUCACGUCUGUGGUCAAAUCAGUCACGCGGCGCGCGCAAAAACCUCGAAGAUCACCUUUCGAUGCGUUUGGGGCGUAACGUGAACGACAAUUUACAUAAUAUCAUCAAGCUGGACCCUGCGGACGGACGAGUGAAUGUGUGACUUCGGCUAGAGUCAACGUGAAACGAGAGGGUUGGGGGCUAGUGCUAUAGUUACGCGGUGGAGUAAACAAGUACCUGUGGUGUUCUGUUUUUUUGUGUGUGACAAAAAGCUUUGUUUUAUUAGUUGGAGGAAAAAUGUUGCCUCUAUCAGAAUUUGCAGUGUGCGGUUAGAGUAAACAGAGUGUGUAUUUUGUUUUCGCCCAGUCAAACCAUUCAGGUUGCUAUAGCAUAUUCAAAUCGUCGCGAAGGAACAUGAAUAGAAAGCAGAAAAUCAAAUUAGGGCGUGCGACGACAAGGCAAUCAAAACGAACGCAGUAACCUAUUUGGGAACGCGACGACGACGACGCCGCCGCACCGUUCCCCGAUGGUCGUUUGCUGUUCUUGCGUGCGUGACCGACGACAACAAGCAGGCUGUCAUAAUUGAUUUUGAGUGUUGCUAUAGGUAGGUAGGUUACCUACGCGAAAAUGCAGAAAAAUUAAACGCCGAUAGUGUCUAAUUUUGGAAUCAUACCAUAAUCGGCCAGUAAUUGAACGAGAGAAAAUCUGACAAUCGUCACGUCACGUCACCUCGCGCAUACCUCAACUGCAUGACUGGGGCGUGCAAAUGUAAUCGAUUAGUUGGCAACCAAUCGGGUACAAAUCUGUCGAGAUCAUCUGAAAAACGGAAUUAAUUGCCUAGAGCAGAAAAGAAUCUAUAUUACUGCGGAGAAGUGCUAAUUGCAUCCAGUCGACACCGGCCACUCAGGGACGGGACAUCCACCGUGGCACGAAGGCUAGCACAUAGCCUGCCUCGUUCGGGGAAUCCGCUUCGUGAUCCUGCCCGCACUCACCACUCAAUCGCGAGGAAUAAUGCGGAGGUACAAUGGCAGCCAUUGCGCCCAGUUUGUACGCUGCCAUUGUGACCUGUCUGGGAUUCGCGUGCUUUGCGCUCAGUGCCACCGCCGUCGGUCUGCCGGUGUGGGGUCGUUUUCGGAGCUAUGGCGGCUUCGAUGAUCAAGGAUACUUCGGACCGUGGAAGCUGUGCCGCCAGCUGACCUAUAGCUACCGGGAAAAGUGCGGACCCGAAGUGUCCCACUUCAGGCCAUCCAAUGCCAUUUUCGUAUCUGGGCUGCUGUCCACGUUCGCCUGUAUAGCAUUCGGAUUGUACUGUGUGCUGUGCAUUCUGCAGAUUGCGAUGAUCUCUUCCCGGGAAAAGGUAGUCAUGCGCUACACUUCACUAGUCGUUUUGAAACUUUUGCUGGCUGUGGUGGGUACAGUACUGGCACUGGUCGGAGCCAUUCUGUUCGCCGUCACAGCCGAUAAUGGGGGUGGUCAUUUUGAGGUCACACGUGGAGCAUCAUUCUAUAUACAGCUGGUGGUAGUAGGAGUAUCCAUUCUACUGACCCUACUGGCCAUUUACGAUCUCGUUUUGGCUCGCCAGCCAGAAGGAGACCCCACGAUGCUGCCAACGGGAGGUGGAUACGGCAGUGGGAGAUCGACGCCGACUACGGUGGUGAAUCCUGGCUACAGGGAUACCCCGCGGGGGAGAAAUAGCAGAAUCGGUAUAUCUGUAACGGAUUCAUCCGGUCGACCGCACACCGGUAGCAGCGUUACGGUCAGCGGUAGCGUUCAGUCGAUGAACACCACCCUGACGUCGAUGUCCGGUUCAACGACCAGCACCAAUCGAACGCCGCUGAGGUCAAGUCUGAAGAAACCACGACCGCCCGAGGGUAGCACCGAUGCGCUGGGUAUCCAAAAUCCGGGCUACUCGGGAUCCGGUCAGUCUCCCCGGUUGACGCGAAGUGGUAGCGUGAAGAAAGUUCGCAUCCAAACGCACGAUACGGAAGUCUAACCGGUCAAUAGGGUAGUAGAGUAAGAUUAGUUUUGUUUUCCACAUUGCCAUUGACACGGCGGUAUUUAUAAUUGCGAAUCGCGCACACGAUUAGAAUUAACUUAGUCGCAAUGCGAUUGCUAGCUAAUUUUUCUACCUAGAUUUGCUACUCGGGUAUAUAACUCAUGUAAGAUGCAACAAGGUUUCAACGUUUCUAUACUGCAUAACUAAGUACAGGGCGCACGUAAUGUUUCCGAUAGUUGUUUUCAGAAUAUCGCACGCACCCUGUUUUCUGUCAAUAAUGGAAUCAAAUUUAAUAUCCAUUUUCUAUAGAAGACGUUCGGUACAUGAAUAGAUUUCAUUGUUGGUUAUUCGACUAAAUCUUCCGCAGUUGGAUUAGUAGACGAUUAGUGCCACGUGACUCUACAUCAGAUUUGCCUGCGGUACUUUUUUCUAUAUCCAGUAAAGUAAACAAAACCAAUACAAACAGAUUUAUAUUUAUACAUGUCAAAACUGGACAACGUUUGCAUCAGGACGCAGUCGUAAAUUGAAUUAAGUUAUUUCACAAAAGUUGUCUUUGGCAAAAUAGAACCAAAUCAAUUAAAACAUCGCAAUUCACAAAGAGCAUUUUAUAGUUAUUAACACAAAAAUAUUUUGUACAAGUAGUCUUCCUUUGAAAGCGAUUUGUAAGGUUCAGUUUUAUUACCCCUUAACAUUGUUUCUGUUUUUUAGUGUCAUUUAAAGUCUCAUAGCAAUCUAUUUAGUGUUUUUGCACAAUGCCAGUUUUUGUCGAGUUCUCAAAACUUUAUUCUGCUUGUUAUAAAUCUACAUAUAAAUUGUUUCUCACACAAAUUUAGUUGUUUAGUCUUGUUAUUUAAUUCUAGUUUGAUGCAUUUGAAGUUUUUCACCAUCAUAUGUUCACAUAAGUUGUUUGAUAUCCGAUCAUUGUUGUUUUAAUAACAACUGUGCUAAAAGAAAAACAACGACUGCUCGACAUAUAGUGUACACCUAGAGUUAGUUCGAUCUACUUUAUCAGAAAUCACUUACACACAGGAAACGAAUCCGUUCCAGGCGAAGGCAGAAAACCGCGUAGUUUACUGCUUAGAGGUACAAAUAUUUAUUGUAUUUAAUUAGAUCGUCUGUUUGCCGCACUACAUCGCAAAGAAUUGUAAUAAGUAUUUUAUAAAAUAGAUAUUAAACUCUUAACAGCUGAUGGUGAUGAGGUGGGGUUAGUACGUUCAAGCGGUUUGAGCUAAAUCAUUAAAUCACAAUCCAAUUCUAGGUUUUUUUUUUGUAAUAUAGUGAGGUCAGUAUUGUUAAUCGAAGCCUAAAAGCUUAACAGAUACGUCGAACCAAAUACUCAUCACCAUUGCAGAAAGUGCAAAAAGCAUCUCAAUCUGAUUCCGUCCAAUACAAUGCUACCUUAAAAAAAAGAAAGAAAAUCAACUGAACACAAUUUUCUAUAUGGACUGUGAUUAAUUGCUAAUAAAUCAACAUCUCAACAGAA